GAACGAUGUGUAGGGUUUUUACCGGGUUUAUCCUUGCUGUGCUAGCAGCUUCCAAGGUCUUCGUUGAGGCCGAACGUAUUGUGUGCUCCUUCACGAGUGGAUCGGUGUACAGAAGGGACGAGUAUGCGUUCCAAAUGACAGACAUACCAGUUUCACUGUGCACCCAUGUCGUCUACGAUCGUUUGGCAAUUGAUUUGUAUUCUAAAGACACUCCGUACUUCACUCUCACCAAUCCCGACGCCGAUGAGCCGUUCGAUGAAUUUGAAAAGUUCUCCGCACUAAAGCGAACCAACCCGCAGUUGAAGUUGAUCAUUUGUCUGCGUAGUAUAUUUAUUGCUCAAGUUGCGUCGGAACCAGACCAAAGAAGAGCUCUUAUAGAAAGGCUCGUCCAGUUCAUGUCAACGUAUAACUUGGAUGGUGUUGAACUGUUUUGGGCUGAUGAAAGGUUCAAAUCUGAGGAAUCGCUCUACCUGUUACUAGAGGAGGUUAAGAGCGGCUUCCGGGCAGCCAAUUAUCCGACGUGGGAGGUGACCAUACUCAUUGAUAUCGACCAUCAAGGUCUCGAUCAUGCACGGUUGUGUAGGCAACUGGACUUCGUACAUAUUGUAGGUGCGAGUGAGCGUAUUCCAAAAUAUCACAACAAAAAUACGAAACCGUCCGCCAACGCAUUGAUCAAUAUAGAUGGCAAGACAAAUUUUACUCUGGACGGUGCCCUGCAGCACUGGAUCGAUAAAGGCUGUCCUGCUCAAAAGAUCGUACUUGGGGUGACGUUUAUAGCACAAGUCUUCAAAUUGGAGAAACCGUUUUUUAGACCUAACUUUUAUGUUAAAGACUUAAGAACAUUCUGCACCCUAACGGAGGAUAGACCGUCUUGCUCUUACAUAGAGCUGUGUCCUUCGUUUAAUAAAGGCGAUUGGACGAUGGGCUGGGACGAUACGGCAGGACUGGCCCCCAUGUUUGCCGGGGUAGUGCUUAUUGUGCUGGCAGUUUUCAACGUCUUCGUUGAGGCCGAACGUGUUGUGUGCAGUUUCUCAAGUUCGGCAGCAGAUAGAACGGGCGAAUAUGCGUUCGAAAUUACGGACAUACCAAUUUCACUCUGCACCCAUAUCGUCUACGAUAGUCUACAAUUGGCAAUCGACGUCCAUUCGAACGACACUCCGAACAUCCUGCUCGUCAAUCCCGACGUGGCGGUUGGUGGUUGGCGAAAGUUCGCCGCACUAAAAAGCAUCAAACCAGAGUUGAAGCUGUUAAUCAGCAUUCGCAAUCCAUUAAUUGCUCAAGCCGCUUCGGAAUCAGACCAACGAAAAGCACUCAUAGAAGUACUGAUCGAGUAUAUGGCAGACUAUAAACUGGAUGGUGUUGAACUGUUUUGGGGUGGGUAUGGAAUACAAUCUGAACAUUCACUCUACCUGCUGGUGGAGGAGCUCAAGAGCAGCUUCCGGGCAGCCGGCCAUCCGACGUGGGAAGUGACCAUACUCGUAGAAAUCGAUCACGAGGGAAUCGAUCAUGCACGGUUGGGUAGGCUACUUGACUUCGUACACGUUGUAGGCGCGGGCGAGCGUAAACCAAAGUAUGGCAACAAUAGCACGAUGCCGUCCGCCAACGCGUUGUUCGAUGUAGAUGACCAGACAAAUAUGACCUUGAAUGAUGCGUUGCAGUACUGGAUCGAUAAAGGCUGUCCGGCGGACAAGAUUGUGCUUGGUGUGGUCUUCAUUGCACAAGUCUUCCAAUUGAAGAAACCGAACACCGUUAAAACGCCAAUGACAUACUGCACCGUUCCGGAAGAAGGACCGUUUUGCGCUUACAUUGAGAUGUGUCAGAAGUUUAAUGAAAGCGAUUGGACGAUGGGCUGGGACGAUACGGAAGGAAUGGCACCGCACGCAUUCCAGACCGAUUAUUGGGCAGCUUACGAGAAUGAGGCCUCGGUAGGCCGGAAGGGUGAGAUCGCGCGAGAGAAAGGUUUGGCCGGGGUGUAUGCUGUCGCGCUAGAUUUGGACGACUAUCGGGGCAAGUGUGGGCCCGCCUACCCGUUGUUGAAAUCGUUGUGCGGUUCAUACAGACAGAAGGCAAACAAUUAAUUAAAAUGAAAUAAAAAGAAUAUUCGUGUGCUUG